AAUAACAGCAAUGUGCGAAAUGUACGGCGUUAAUCUUAGUAUAGACAAGAUAAUACCACGGAUUGAACCUAACGCAAGAUAGUAGUGUUGUGCCAGCUUUCACUCGGCAACAUGAACUUUAACUUUGUUGUGGCGCCUAGAGUGUUUAAAGCUAUUCAAAACGUCGACAUUUCUGAAUUAUCAAAAUGCACACCCAAAGAAAUUCGCCCGAUUCUGCCAUGCCUUGUUCGAAUGAGUCUCAUAUCUCCCCUAGACAACACCAGGGAAUGUGCUGAAGGGAGGAAGGAAAUAUUGACUUUAUUGUCGGGAAUUGAACUCGUCAACUCAAUUGUUGCUCUUCUAUCAAUCGAUUUCCAUGCUCUGGAAAGCGAUGUGAAGAAGGAACAGCAGCUAAGGCAGAAGCUAGGCAGUUCUCAAUCUGAGAGUAUUCUUAUCCAGUCACUACAGAAUGGUCUUGCUUUGGAGUUUGAACGAAGUGAUUCAACUCGCAGGUUACGCCUUGUCCUUAGCGAGUUACUAUUUAUUUCAUCACAGAUCCAUGAACAACAGCGGGGACAGGACUUCUACAUAAAGCAGUCAGAUCUGUUUGACAACAAGGUGUAUGUGGAGGAGAUAUGUGAUGUGAUCUGCAUUGCCUUGGCGGAGCUUCCAGCAGUACUAAGCAUACAGGAUGUUGUAGAAACGCUGCUUCAUGUGAAACAUGGCCCUGAGAUCAUCUGCUGGAUUGCUGCCAACUCACCUGACUGUUUCAGAGAGGUGUGUACAAGUUUAAUUGCAAAUGGAGAGAGACAGGAGGAAGACAAUGUCGGUGGACGGAUCCGCAUGCAGGCUCUCAGUAUGCUGUGUCAGAUGAAUCCAGUCCAGGCACUUGCCAUCCGAGCAAAAUGCGUAGAACUUUGCCGCAUGCCAGCAUUGGCCAUCACGCUGAGUCUAGAUCAUGCAGGUCGCACUCUUGGAGCUGAUGCUGAGGGAGAUAUGGUAGCCUUUGUCUCUGGCUUGCUGCUUGGUAAUGACCAGCAAGUCCGAAAUUGGUUCGCCAUGUUUGUUCGAAAUGGACAAAAGAGGAAGUGGGAGUCUCACACAGCUCUUCAGCUGUUGAGAGAAGAACUUCUGCGGCGCCUGCAGUCCAUCAUACUAUUCUCAAUGGACAGUCAUUUGCCAGAUUCUUGUGUUGUACAAGCUUCAGCACUGUUACGUUUGUACUGUGCUCUCCGUGGCAUUGCAGGGAUAAAGUUCCAGGAAGAUGAAGUUUCAUUGAUUGUGCAACUGCUGACUUCACAUCCACCACCCUCUCCUGCUGGAGUUCGUUUUGUUUCUUUGGGGUUAUGUAUGCUCAUUGCAUGUCCUUCCCUCAUUGGACAGCAGGAACAUGAGAAACGCAGUGUUGAGUGGGUCCAGUGGCUUGUACGAGAGGAAGCCUAUUUUGAAAGUGCAAGCGGUGUGACUGCAUCAUUUGGUGAGAUGCUACUGCUGAUGGCAAUUCACUUCCAUAGCAACCAACUAAGUGCAAUCUGUGAACUGGUGUGCUCUACUCUGGGAAUGAAGGUUCCCAUCCGACCAAACAAUAUGACAAGAAUGAAGCAAAUUUUCACACAGGAAAUCUUUACAGAACAAGUAGUGACAUCACAUGCUGUGAAGGUUCCAGUCACAGCAAAUCUCAAUGCCAACAUUCCAGGCUUCCUGCCUGUCCAUUGUAUCCACCAGUUACUCAAAAGUCGUGCCUUCACCAAACACAGGGUCCCCAUAAAGGACUGGAUAUAUAGGCAGAUCUGUAGCAGUGUGCCUCCUUUGCACCCUGUACUGCCAGCUCUUGUAGAGGUGUAUGUCAACUCCGUCUUGGUUCCUAGUCCAAAAGCUCCUCAAGAGCAUACAAACCGGCCAAUGAGUGAGGAUGAGAUUAGACGUGUAUUCCAAAACUCAGUAUUUGGUGCUCAGUUUGAUGGCAAGAAACAGCGUUCAGGUCCAGUUGUAGCUGUGAUGUCUUCAGAAGACAAAGACACAGACACUGAGGAGUUUCUGGCAGAUGUGUCCUCACCAUCCCUGACAUCACAACUACUCCUGUUGUAUUAUCUUCUGCUGUAUGAAGAUGUGAGGCUGGCAAACACACACAGUUAUGUACAAGCAGGUCGGAAGGUGAAGAGUUAUUCAACAGAAUUUUUGUCAGAGUUACCCAUUAAAUAUCUUCUGCAGCAGGCACAGAAGGACCAACAGAGCUAUGCAGGAUUAUUCUCGCCAUUGCUUCGACUGCUCGCAAUGCACUUCCCUCAUCUUUCACUAGUUGAUGAUUGGCUGGAAGAGGGCAUGGUGAUAGAAGUGGGGAGCCAACCCGAACAGGCACCUGUUAGUGAAGCAGCCAUCAUAGAAGCAUUCAGUCAUAUGCAGUCGUGUCCGUCAAGAACAGGCCGUCUAUUGCGUCAGCUCCUAUCGAUGCCUGCGACUGAUGUAUGGCCAUAUGCUGAAACAAUCAUAAAGUUCUUCAAAUGUAUGCUUGACGAUAGAGUGCCUCGUUACAUACAAGAGCUAUAUAAACAAGUGUGGCUGCGACUGAACACAGUGUUACCUCGCUGUCUGUGGGUUAUGUCCAUUAAUGCUGUGCUGUAUGAAUCGGCUGCUGUGAAGAAUGUGUUCCUUACGCAGGAGAAUAUUGUACUGGAUCCACUUCAGGUACUGCGAUGUGACACUCGGGUGUUCAGGUGUGCAGCUGCAUUAAGUGUUGUACUGCGUGUACUAGAAGCGUCCUUGGCUGCAUCCCGCAGUCAACUGUCACGUCACUUGCAAGAUCGCCCUCUAGUGGAGCGUACUGGUCAGCUUACUAAUGAGGCAGAGAGAGAAGAACUGCGUGUGGCUCUUGUGGCUACACAAGAAAGUGUGUCAGUGCAGAUACUAUUGGAGGCAUGUCUUGAGACUGAUGAGGACAGGGAGAAACCAGGGCAGUUAUGGGCCCUGCGUGAGGUUCGCAGCCUCGUGUGCUCAUUCCUGCAUCAGGUGUUUAUUGCAGACCCUUCUCUAGCAAAACUGGUUCACUUCCAGGGUUAUCCUCGAGAACUGCUUCCUGUAACAGCACCAGGCAUCCCUUCUAUGCACAUCUGUCUGGACUUCAUCCCUGAGCUGCUGAGCCAGCCAUCUCUUGAGAAGCAGGUGUUUGCUGUGGAUCUCGUGUCUCACCUAGCAGUGCAGUAUGCACUCCCCAAGUCUCUCAGUGUUGCUCGCCUCGCAAUCAACACUCUCUCUACAUUACUUGGUGUUCUCCCCAGCUGGAGUCGUUCGGAGCUGUUUGGCCCAUGCUUGCCUGCGCUAGUACGUAUCUGUGAGGCGUUCCCUCCUUUAGUAGAUGACGUGGUUUCUCUGCUGAUGCAACUGGGACGUGUAUGCAUGUCAGAGGCAUCACUUACUGCCCGGCAAGAUGGUUCGGUGCAGUCGUCCAUUACUGGAAGAAACAGUGAUAGCAAAAUAAGUGCUGCCGAUAACCAUAUUCUCUGCCUUAAGAUACAGGAUACAUUUGCAGAUAUUCUUUCCAGGGCAGUGCUUAAAGUGAAGAUCUACUAGUUAUUUGUACAUACCAGUGUCUUCUUCUCAGACUGAAUUGCCUGUGAAAUCACUAUUGUAGAUAGUUUAGUCAUACUUGUGUGUUAAUAUAAAACCUCUUAUUAUCCUUGAUCCUAGCAGUACUCCUCCUUCCUUGUUCACUCCUCUUAGGGAAGACAGAAAACUGAUAAUCCUGCUACUGCCUAACCAAGCCCUGUUAGCCACAUGCAUAUGUAUCAUUCUUCUUAUUGCGCCAUCUCCGAACGAAGGUUGGUGAUCCACAUGGCGAACAUUGUCCUUGAGACUGCCUCUCGAAAGAUGUCUAUUGAGGUGCGUCCGAACCAUCUUCUUAGGUCUUUUAUCCAGGAGUUUUGGGGUUUACCGACAGAUCUUUUUCCUUGGAUUUUUCCCUCGAUGAUCAGUCUUAAGAUCUCAUAAUGUACUCCUCUCAUGAUAUGGCCCAAAUACUGGACCUUUCUUUCCUUAAUGGCAAGCAAUAGUUCCUUUUGCUUAUUCACGCAUUUGAGAACUUCGAUGUUAGAGACUUUUUGCACCCAGGGUAUUCGUAGUAUAUGUCGAUAUAAAUACAUUUUGGAUGCUUCGAUCCUUUUCUCCAUGGGAGAAUCAAGAGUCCAGCUCUCGCAUCCAUAGAGAAAUGUAGAAAAAACAUAACAUAUCAGCGUUCGAAUCCUCAGUUCUAGACAGUUCGAAUCUAACGAAAAACCUCCUCAUGUCAACGAAGGUUUUUCUGGCUUGUUCGAUUCUUGAUCUUAUUUCUUUUUUGACGUCACAGUUCUGGUUCACUAUGGUGCCCAGAUAUUUAAGAGAAGUCACUUGUUCGACAAUGUUGCCAUUGGUUCUUAUUGCCAUAUUUCUCGGUAAUGUUGAGAAUACCAUUGCUUUGGUCUUGGAUGUGUUCAUAUAUAAAUCAAACCUUUCACUGUAUUGCAUCCACUGUUAAAAAUUGCAGGCACCGAUUCCUAAUUUCUGUAAAACUUAGUAUAGACGACAUAAUACCUUUGGAGAAGAAGCCGUACUUUAACUCCCUACAAUUCAUAAUACCAGCAUGCCUGUUUUAUGAACUUCUGAGGUGGGAACACUAUCACCAUUUUGGAAAAAUUCUUGGGAGUUCUGCAAUAGAUUUAUUAGUUGUUUUUAACAUCUCCCAUUGGCUGCAAACCCAUCUUAAAAUUUUUUUGCGACUAUCAUUUUGCCAUUUCUUUUGUCAAUAUAAAAUUCUGUAUCUGAUACAGCAGCAAGCAGUGACCUAAGAAUUAGUCAGUUAAUUGAAUUACUACUGGGGAUACUUGGACAACCCGUUCUUCAAGUGCCAGAGCACUGCGGGUCCCAACUCUUCGUUAGCUCGAUCUAUCGACAUUCGGUAGGACUCCUUGGACGAGGGAUCGGCCCGUCGCAAGGCCUUUACCUGUACACAGGACAACACAACACAGAAGAACAUCCAUGGCUUGAGUGGGAUUUGAACCCACGGUCCCAGCGACCAAGCAGCCCAAGGCCCACGCCUUAGACCGCUCGGCCACUGCGGACCCAAUUGAAGUACUAAGAACUCGCAACUCUUGUUCCACCCUUGGUUCCUCCCACGCAGAACAAGUUUAAUUGUUAGUAGCAGUAAUGGGUAUAAAUUACUGCUGUCAUACUGAUUCAACCUGCAGCCUGUAUAUGACAACUGCUUCUUCUAUUGGCUGCAUGAUGAACCACAUUCAUGAUCAUCUUCCCACAUGUCUGUGUUGAUCUCUGGGCAUUUAAUAAAAUAUUCUAUACAUGUUGCAGUUUUGAAAUAAAGUUGCGUAUUUGAGCUACAUUUA